AAAUCUGCUCCGCGGCGCCCUCCCGGGCCGUGUUCUCCCGCAUACGUGCUUUUUAGUGGGCCGCAAGCGAUUCGUGACAGGCCCACGAUCGCCCGCAUCCACUGCCCCAGCAACGGUGGUCACGCCGUCGCGACAUCAUCAUCAUUAGCCUCAGCUGCCAAGCUGGGCCCACCGACGCCGCGACGCCGGCGGUGGACCGGGCGCUGGCGGCCGCGUGCCGCCGGACGGCCCGUCUCUGCUUCGCGGACGCCCGAAGCGACAUGAAUUAUGGUCCCGGCGCCUUCGAGGGGUCGUUCAUGCGGUGGGGCGGCUGGGUCGUCCAGGACGGCACCCAGCCGUCUCUCAUAGACGAGGGCGGGCGCCGCCGCCUCGCCGCCCCGGGCGACUCGCCGCGUGGCCGCCUCGCCGCCCCCGUGGCGUCGAUGCGACGACCCCGCGACCCGGCGACGCGACCACGGCCUGGUAGUACCCCUAGUCCUUUUAGUAUGCUAACCCCCGUGGCGGCCCCGAUCUCGUCCCCGGCUUGCUCCUGCCUCUUCGGCAACGCAUGCCUCCCGCAUGCGCAGUGCACGUCGAACGAGCGCGGCCACGUGGGGCGCCGUCACGUUGGGUGCGGUGUCGCGGACAACGGCGCGGCCUGUGCGGAACCCAAAGUUCGACACGUCCUCUGGGGAGAACACGAUCGAGUUCGAGGUUGAUUUCGCACGGCCCGCGACAGCGCUGGACGUUGGUGCACGCCGCGACGCUGCUGGCCGUCUGGCGGCGGUCGCUGCCGUAGCGGACCGGCGCGUCCAGCGCCGGGCACGACUCCGAGUAGAGGGGGAGCCACAUGUGGCCCGAGUUCCACGCGAGGGCCGCGAACAUCGAGAGGAGGAAGCCGCAGGCGGUCGCUUCGAGGACGACGGCGCAUUUGGGCAGAAAUGGCACGUUCGCGAGGGCCGCGCCGUGGGGCGCCACGAGGACGUCCACGGCGCGCAUCAUCGCGAAUUGGCGCGCGGGGGAGGGCGCGCGCCUGGGAAAGGCGACCUCCGCGACGCCCAGGUCCGGCAGGAGGGCGCGAAGCUCGGCCGGGAGUCCGGGCGGCAGGCGGCGCGGCGGGUCCCGCGCGAGGAUGCCGACGCAGCCCCCCCCGGCGCCGCAGAGGUCCGCGGUGGCGGGGAGGGCCGCGUCGAGGGCCGCGCGGAGGUCUUCGGCGUGCCCAGGGUCCAGGAAGUACUCCUCCGGGAGCGAGCUCGGGCUGCCGAAGUUGUGCGGACUGAAGACCGCGUCGACGAUUUUAUACGUCGCGCUCGGGCCCCAGCCCGCGUUGGCCGCGAACGCGGCGACGCCCGCGUGCCAGCCGACCCCCGAGGCCGCCUUCACCAGCGUCGUCCAGUCGCGGCCGAGGGCGCAGGCCGGGCAGCCGUCGCUGGCGCCGCAGCAACUCCCGCCGCCGAUGUGGUGCCGCGCGGGCAGGACGACGUCGUCCACCUUGGGGCAGCGCGGGUCGUCGCGCCGGGCGCACCGCGCCAGCGAGUACCCGAAGUAGAGGCCUCGCGUGGCCGCGUGCGCUACGUUGUUCUUGGGCGGUUGGAGCUCGUCCUGGGCCCAGAAGAUCUGCCGCCCGCCAGCCCGGACGGCGGACCGCGGCACGUCCGCGAAUUUGAGCUCGGGCGCUCGCGGGAGGAAGCCGUAGCACGCCUGGCGCCGCUGCGCGGCGACGUCCUUACUGUUCUCGAUCCGAUCGCGCCAGCCGAGCAUGUCCCGCGCAGUGGCUCGCCAUGCGGCCUCGGCGGCCGCGGGGCUCGCGAAGAGCGUCCCGUUCGCGUACGCGAGGUUCGUGAGCCUGCAGAACGGCCGCGUCCGCGCGCGGUCGCCGCGGCCGCGAUUCGCGUUGAGCUCCGCGAAGAGCGGGAGGUCCUCGACCCGGCCGCGCCAGCCCUUCAUCGAAUUCGCGAAGCGCCACGCCGUCGCGUUGGUAGGCGCGCGGCGGUAGCACUCGUAGCCCGACUCGAGGAGGCCGCGGUCGGGAGGCGGCCCGGCAGGCGCAGGACCCAGGGGGGUGCCCGUGGCCCAGGCGCGGACCGCCGGUCCGCGCGAGCUUCGGAGGAGCGACGUCCCGAGCGCCUCGAAGCCGUCCCCAUUCGCCGAGGUGACGUUGUAGCCGAACGCAGCCUCGAGGCCGGCGGCGGCCGUGCCUGCGUUGGCGAGUCUCAAUGUUGAAUUGCUUCCUGUCGCCGGGGCGCGCGCACGGCGCCGGCGCACGCGGCGGCGGCGAGGCAGUCGCGGACCGCCGGCGCGUAGUCCCGGCCGUCGUGGUCCGAGAACUGCCACAGCAGCGCCCGCGUCGGCCGGCCUCGGAGCGAAAGGCGCCGCGAGGUCGCGAGGCCGAGGCCGCCUCGGAGCGAAAGGCGCCGCGAGGUCGCGAGGCCGAGGUCCGCGGCGACCGACGCGAGGACUUCGGCCCCUCGCGAGACGAGGUCCUCGUAUCGCGCGACCACCGCCACCAGCGGGCCCUCCAGGAGUGCGCGAAUGGCGCUCCGCACGAGGCGAGCCCAGGUGCCGACGACGCACGUCGGGUCGGGCGCGGCGCAGUGGCGCGCGUGGUGCCAGAAGAGCGGGUGCCGCGCGACGAGGACGACCGCGGCCUCGCGCUGCGCGGGAAAGAGCGCGGCCAACGCGCGCACGGCCAGGUCCGGCGUCUUCUCGAGCUUGGCGGCGUUUGGCGCGCCGCGCCAGUGCGGCGCCCACUCCGCGCAGAGCCGGGCGCGCAGCUCCCCGGUCCGGCCCCGCCACUCGUCCACCAGCGCGUCGCACGUCGCGAUCGACCCGCCGCACCGCCGCGCGGUGCGCUUCUUGAUGGUCGGAAAGACCGUCUGCGCGUACUGGCCCUCGCUCUGGUGCUCCGGGUGGCGCGGGUCUACGCCGGCCAGCGCGUCGACGCCGCGGAGUUGGCCCAGCAGUUUCGCGGCCAGGCCGGUCCCCGUGCCGCCGAAGCCCCGCACGAACACGAAGCGCGGCGCCGCGGCGCCGGGCACGGACGCGUUGCACGGCACGACGCCCGCGGCGCGCGCGGCGGCGGCCGCGGCCAGAAGCCGGCCCACGGCACGGGCACCCAUAAUAGGAAGGGCCCCGCGGCGUCGACGCGGCCGCUCCGCGGCGUCGACGCGACCGCUCCGCGGCGUCGACGCGACUGCUCCGCGGCGUCGACGCAACCGCGCGUCGACGCGACCGCUCCGCAAAGCACAGCGCCCUUCUAACGCGGCGGCGCCACCUUUUUACGCCGCGACCUAGCCGCGGCCAGACUCCCCCACCCGGGCAGCCCCUUAUCGCGUCGCAGCGAUCGGUUCCGCGGCGCGGCGUCGUCGCGUUCGCUCCGCGAUGUCGGUGCGAUCGCUCCGCGGCGACUGAGCUGAGAGUGUGUUACGCUGCCCCCACAUGGGGCCACGCCCUGCGAAAUGGGCUGCCUCGCCCGCGCCGCCGCAAUCGCGUCGCUCCUGCGCGCGCGCGCGUGGCCGGCCGACGGCGCUCGCGCGGGCGGCGGCG